AUGGCAAUGGCUGAGCAACAAUGGUCAAAUCACUAUCCAAGUUCGUGGAGUAGCAUGCGAUCAGAGCAUGCUGUUAGCAAUCCGAUUAUGGUGCAAGGUAAUACUAAUGUUGGUAUUGCUGGAUCUAUAAGAUCUCGAGAGAAUUCACUUUGCACACAGAUGAUCGCUAAUGUAUUGGGUUCAUCCACGGGAAGUUUGAAUGCUGAUACAAAAUUCGUAAAUGCUGUGAAACUAGAAGAUGGGAAAACGAUUGACAGAAAUGACGAUAAACCAGUUAAGUCGACGAAUGAUACGUUGGGAUCGAACACGUCGACACCAUUUGUGCAUAUACCCUAUCAACUGCAAGCAGAUUCUCUUACUUUGGGUUCUACACCGGAAAUUCAGUAUCCCUAUAUGCUACAAGGACAACAAAAUUCGAUCAUUUAUCCGGGAAGCGUACAGACAGCAGCACCGUUUGGAACAACUCCAACUGGAUAUGGUUAUGGCUCGUUUACUGCCGUGUAUAAUAGUGGAGCAGCGUCAAAUCUUCCACCUGCAUCGGAACCAGCACUUGCAAUAAAUGGAAAUAUCGGAGGAGCUCGCGGUACACCGCCUACCUCAGCUCUUUUUUCGUCUUCACCACCUGGUGCGUUUCACUUCCCUCUAGGUUAUACAACGCAACCUGCAAUCAGUCAUUUGACUACUAGUCUGUCAAAUCUGUCGAUCGGUCCACCUCAGUCAACUCCAACAACUCGAAAUGAAUCAUUCACUUCAAAUGGACAAGUUGGUGCACCAUCCUACGGGGUGCAACCGCAGCAACAGUAUCUUUUCAUGAAUUUUCCUCAAACACCUUCAGCUGGUUCGUUGGGUUCAAGUCCCAACUUCUUCGGUAAUGCAUUUUCAACGACGUACAAUCCUCCAUCGAUGUUUCCAGGUUCGUCAUCUGGUGCUCAUAUUCCAGCACCUCCUGCUCCUCGUUCUACUUACGCUCCUCAACAAAAUACCAUUGCGCAAAUGCCCUACAACGUCGCUGUUCAUAACAAUCGAAGAAACAUUUCAUCAGUUUCAGGUCGAGGAUAUGUUUCGGCUGAUGGCGAAAGACAGACCAGGUCACAUCUGUUAGAUGAUUUUCGCAAUAAUCGUAAUCCUCAUUUGCAACUAAUCGAUCUUGGCAAACAUGUUGUGGAAUUUGCACAAGACCAGCAUGGUUCAAGGUUCAUACAGCAAAAAUUGGAGCGUGCUUCACUGAAGGAAAAGCAGGCAGUAUUUGAUGAAGUAGCGUUACAUGCGCAAUCUUUGAUGACCGAUGUUUUUGGAAAUUAUGUAAUACAAAAAUUCUUUGAGUAUGGGACUAACGAGCAAAAGAAUAUUCUCACAAAUGCCGUAAAGGGCAAUGUUAUGUCACUGGCAUUGCAAAUGUAUGGAUGUCGUGUCAUUCAAAAAGCUUUGGAAAGUAUUGAACCGGAACAACAGAUGGAGAUUUUAAAGGAAAUGGAAGGACAGGUGUUGAAAUGUGUCAAGGACCAAAAUGGAAAUCAUGUAGUACAAAAAGUUAUUGAACGCGUUGAUGCUUCACGAUUACAAUUUAUUAUUGAUGCUUUGGUUCCUGCAGGUGACAACAUGACGGUAUGCAAUUUAUCAACGCAUCCAUAUGGCUGCAGAGUGAUUCAGCGUGUACUAGAGCAUUGUACAGACGAUCAAAAACGGCCUGUGUUAGACCAGCUUCACAAGCAUGUCAAAAGUUUAAUUGUGGAUCAGUAUGGCAACUAUGUCAUCCAGCAUGUUAUUGAGCACGGCUCUUUGGAGGACCGCGAUCGUAUCGUCAACCAAGUUAAGGGUGAUGUCCUUCGUUUCGCACAGCACAAAUUUGCAUCAAAUGUAAUCGAGAAAUGUUUAACGUGCGGUGAACCACACCAUAAGAAUGCCUUGAUUACUGAAGUUUGUGGCAACCCAAACGAUAUUGCUACACCACUUUUGAUGAUGAUGAAAGACCAAUUUGCUAAUUAUGUUGUGCAAAAGAUGUUGGAUGUAGCUGAUAGCGCUCUCCGGAAAAAGAUGAUGCUAGCUAUUAAACCGCAUAUUCCUGCACUGCGAAAAUACAAUUAUGGGAAGCAUAUUAUUACUAAACUGGAAAAAUAUUUUCAAAAGCAAAAUGGUGGACUGCCAAUAAUGCAACCGGAUUAUUCAUCAAUGAAUUCGAUACCAAUAAUUUAA